AUGCUCUCCCCAGCUUAUAUGAGCAUCUACCAACAGUACAAAGCCGACACAGACUCUGUAGCAACAUGGCUGGCCAACACUGCUAAAGCCCACGGCUACGACGCUGAGUCUUCACUUGGAGGAGCCGCUGCUGAUGCUGCCAAGAAAAAGAAGAAGAAAGUUAAGGACUUUGAGGCUAUGGCUAAACAUGUUGCUGAUACCAAUGCCGUUGAAGUUCCUCACAAGACUGCUGUUGCUUUGGAGAGAGGCAUAUGGGUUCGACGAUCGUUCUCUCAGAAACUAGCAGACAGCGGUGCAAGAAGGGACCAUCGCUCCGAUGCUACUCACUCUCACUUCGUCGAGGUCCUUGAGAAAGUCCGUGGCUAUCUCAAACCCAUCAUGGAAGCUGGUCUUUUCAAGCCAGAGGAUCUCGACAAGAAGACGGAUGUCAAGGCAAACCACCCCGCCAAGGGCAUGUUUGACGUCCUCAACGUCUACACUCCUUCUGAGGAGUUCCUCAACGCCCCUGACAUCACGCCUACUCCUGCUGCUGAGCUUGAGACUCAAUACACCGUUGAGGAAGAAGUCACCUGGGAAGACGCCUUCUUCGCUUUCGCCACUCUCCUCCGCGACUAUGACUAUCUCAGCCAAGAGAUCCAUUCGCUCUGGGAGAAGUGGGCCAGUGGUGAACUUGAUCUCGCCGCUGUAGCUUUAGCUACAAACACAGCGUUUGAGUUUGCCCACAGCAUGGAGUUGGACAUCAAAAAGUGGAUAGACAAGUUCGGCGGCACAACUAUCUUCGCGCACCAGUGCUUCGAGGCAGCUUGCGAGGGGAUGGGAAUCGACAAGAAAAGGAUAAGCCCAGGCGCCAUGUGUAACCUUGAGGCUUACGACGUGGCCAAGAUCCUGAAUCUAAACACCAUGGGUGUUUUCAACAGCUACGUAAAACACAGCCGUGACGCUAUCAUGCCAUCCUACAACGGCGCCUUCGGUUUUUACAACGAGAGGCUCGGUUCCGAGGGCAGAAAUAACACUGAGAGGUGGAAUCAGGACAAGACGGCCCUGUUUGAGAUUUUCCCACAUAUGCACUUCCUUACCACGCCCCCUGGUCAGGGUGACGUAGAAGACGAGCUUAUCCGCGGCAUGGGCGCUGCACUCAAGACAAAGAGCGAAAGCAACCGUUUCUGGAUAUCAUGGGCUCUUCAGAUGUAUCUUGACAUUAUUCAGCGUCUUGGACCGUAUGUUGGGCGUGGGUUUGAGCAGUUUAAGCAGGAGAGUCUGAAGAUUCAAAACGCUCUUGUCAAUCUUCCUCAGACGGCUGAGCGCAAGCAAGUCCUUCAAGUGGCGACGCGAUGGAACCACGAUCCUAUCUUCGAGAUGAGGCAGGCAAACAUGGAGUACGGCAUGUUGGCUCACGAUAGUGAAGGUCCUUCUGAAUUCCACUUCCUUCAUCGGAACCCCAUACAUUGCGGUCUUUUGAUCCAUCACAUGCGAUCUAUGCUGCAUGUCAAUGGUGUCAAGACUGUUGCGCCCAGCGGUGGUCUCAUGACUACGACACAGCUCUAUCAAGCCCUCCGACAAGAGGGUCGCAUUCCGAAAGGUAAAGUAUGGGAGGAUCUUGAAGAGGUCUGGGAAUAUCAAGGGAAUCCGUGCUUCUUCAUUGGGAAUCCACCACAGGAUCUCGAGGGCUACUUCAAGAACUACUGCCUCUGCUCAGGCGUCUCGAUCACCAACUGGGCAGCGAACAGGCGGAGCACGCGGCCUACUGGGCAUAAAGGUAACGCGCCAAACAUCAAGUUCGAUGGCUGGGUGUCCCUGCGAUUAGACGACCGUAUCCAUGUGGACAAUCCACGUAAGCCCUGGACGACUGAAACUGUUGAAGAAAUCUUGACGGAGGGGCGUAAGAGAGCAAUGAUGGACGGAAAGGGUCAUAUACAAGAGAAUCUGAAGCAAAAGGCCAAGGAGGCCAAUCUCCCGGCAGUACCGAAAUCCCCAAGUGGUCUCAUCGAACAGCUGGCCCAAGUCGUCAACAGCGAGAUCCCCCGUAUUAGCUUCGACUACUUCACCAUGCACCACAUCGCCUGGUCCCUCCUCACCGAUCUCAAGCGCGCCCUCACCGCCGAGGUCGGCCCCGGGUUCCUCGACUACAUCCCCUCCGAGGACCAGCUCCCCAUCGUGGUAGGCUACGUCUUCUCAACGGCCUCAGGGCACGGGAGCGCCGAUGUCCGAGAGCGCGGCGUGGGCAGUGACAGGCUCCUCGAUGUCGCAACCGACGUCGUUGCCGAGUUCCUAGAAAUGGGCUACGGAAGCCUCCUUAAGAAGAUGAGGAGGAUGGAGGUGGGGCCGGAGGAUGUUGAGGAUGUCGAAGUUGAUGGGUCAGAGCUAUGGGGGCCGAGGAAGUUCAAAAAGGAGCAGAUGGAUCGGGAUGGACACUUGGGGGGAAGGGCGAACAAAGCUGAUAUUGCGAGUCUUAUGAGACUUUUGCAGAUGGGGAGAUGA